GAAAGCGUUUGUCUGGAGUUAGAAAGUUCUCUCCUUCAACAGACCCUUCCCCAGGGUUCUCCUCCCUGGGACCCAGCAGCCUGACGCCGCGUCUCCGCCACGCUUGCUUACGAAUAAAGAACUCUAGAGUUGUGUGUGCACACACACCAGACACAUGCACACACACACACACGCUUCUUUCCAUUCCCCUCCUUCGCUUUCUGAAGCCUGGGGAAAAUCAGUGACAGAGGUGUUUCAGUUUUCAUUGUUGUGUGGGUUUUUCGUUUCGUUCUUUUAAACGUUCAAAGGCAAGUAAAGAUCAGAUCUAGGAGAAAACCCUGAAUAGAAACAAAACUUUUGAAUGCUGGAUUCAAAAAAAAAAAAAGCUAUCUGGACAGCUUCUUUGAGACUAUUUAAAAACUGGUUCAACAGGUCUCUACAACGUCAAGAUCUAACUAAGCUUGAAAAGGUCAAGAAGUUUUAUGGCUGACAAAGGAUUUGCUCCAGCGCAGACGGCCUUUCCCACCUUAAGCUUCUGGGGGCCCAGGGCCUCCGCCCGCCCCUCCUCCGUUUGUCUGAGUGGCAGCUCUGCGAGCAAGGGCUGACAGCGUUUCCUUUCUUGUUUGGCGGGAGCAGGCGGGCUGGGGGCUGGAGUUGUGGGCAGCUCUUGCGUAGGCCUGUCUUACCGGCCCGAGCGCUUAUUCUCGCCUCUCCUGGAUAGCUGGGAGUAUGGCCACCCUGCUCCACGAUGCAGUAAUGAAUCCAGCAGAAGUCGUGAAGCAGCGCAUGCAGAUGUACAACUCGCCGCACCGGUCGGCCCUCAGCUGCAUCCGGACGGUGUGGAGGACUGAGGGCUGGGGGGCCUUCUACCGGAGUUACAGCACGCAGCUGACCAUGAACAUUCCCUUCCAGUCCAUCCACUUCAUCACCUACGAGUUCCUGCAGGAGCAGGUCAACCCUCACCGGGUCUACAACCCGCAGUCCCACAUCAUCUCAGGUGGGCUGGCCGGGGCCCUUGCCGCGGCCGCCACCACCCCGCUGGACGUCUGUAAGACCCUCCUCAACACUCAGGAGAACAUGGCCCUCAACCUGGCCAACAUCAGCGGCCGGCUGUCGGGCAUGGCCAACGCUUUCCGCACGGUGUACCGGCUCAACGGCCUGCCCGGCUACUUCAAAGGCAUGCGAGCGCGUGUCAUCCACCAGAUGCCCUCCACGGCCAUCUCCUGGUCGGUCUAUGAGUUUUUUAAGUACUUCCUCACCAAGCGCAAGCUGGAGAAUCGAACUCCAUACUAAAGGAACAGGCUGUGGGGAGCGAUGCCCGAAUCUUAUUUUUAGAAGGCUUUCCCUGCCUGCUUCCAUCCCUGCCCUCAGACUGAGAUUAUUGUUGCACGGUGUUCGCAGGGUGGGCCUCCCGCCCGACGCCUUAGAGAGAGGAAAGGAGGGACAGCCGCUUACCGGGAGGCCAGGGGCAGUCCACAGGGACAUCCGAGGUGGUGGUAGGUGGGGAGAGACCUUGGAAGGGGAACGAGAAAUUGCUUUUUCUCUUCGUCCCCCAAGAGGUAUGUAGCAUUUCUGCUUCACUGGAGCAGUUUCCUGCCCUGGAAUUGUAGAUCACACAGAAGGGAAGAAAAUGAGCAGUGACCGAAAACAUUAAAGAAAAAGAAAAUCAUGUAUAUAAAAGUUGCCGUACACAGUCUAAAAUAGAUGGAUAAUGUUUAUCCUUUAUUUUUCUAUGUAGAAGUUUUUGGAUUUGUGUGUAUGCCUGUGCGUGUGUAUAAAUAAGUGUUACAGCUGGGAAUGUAAAGCUGUUUUUUUAAAAAAAUAGAGGGCUGAAGUCUUCCAUUGGGUUAUAUAAAAAGGGCACCGAAGUACUAAAUUGCUGAAAGUGGCCUAAAAUUGUGUUGAGCCCCCAAAUGGAAGUUUCACUUGAAUGUAAAAUAAUAAAAUAUAAAGUUUA